AUUGCCCUUUUGUCUCGUCCUCUUUCCCAUCAAAAGAGUCAUGUCUGCUACACAAUAUAUAUAUAGUCCUAAUGAACUCAGUGUAAUAAAUCCUCAGGCCUCUGCUACUAUUAUCCAGAGCUGCUCAUCUCAAAUUUCAAACUUUCAUUUGGAUUAACAAGAGUGAAUAUGCGGCAAGGUUGGUUUUUACCACUUGUGACUAUCUUGUUGACCUUAAAUACCCAAAAUUUAGAAGCUCGUGAAAAUGGGGUGAAGACUAGUGUCUUUCUAUCACCUAAGCUUGUUCUAGGUCCCGGAUCAGUGGCAAACAAAGUGUUCUAUGAUAUUGACUUUCCAAGAGGUCAUGUUGCACUCAAGGAUUUUAAUGCUGAAGUAGUUGACGAAGCUGGGAAUUCUAUACCCCUUCAUGAAACCUAUCUUCACCACUGGGUCGCUGUUAGAUAUUAUGAACGUAAAGGAAUUAGUGUUUCUAAGCACAGCCAUAGUUCGGGUUUCCACCAGGCAGAUCGCAUAAUUGCAAGAAAUGCUGGAAUUUGCGAUCAUGGUUUAACACAGUAUUUUGGCCUUGGGUCAGAAACACGAAAAACAGCAACACAUAUCCCAGAUCCAUAUGGAAUAGAAAUUGGAAAUCCCGCAGAAAUUCCUGAUGGAUAUGAGGAGAAAUGGUUUCUUAAUGUUCAUGCUAUUGAUACUCGUGGUGCAGAAGAGAGGUUAGGUUGCACCGAGUGCAGAUGCGAUCUAUACAAUGUUACUGUAGAUGAAUAUAAUCGGCCUUUGAAUCCAGACUAUAUAGGAGGAUUAUAUUGUUGCUAUGACGAGACACAUUGCCUGGUGAAACAGGGAUUUGAGAGUGUUAGGAGGAACCUCUACAUGAAGUACACUGUGAAGUGGGUUGAUUGGGAAGACUCCAUUUUACCUCUUAAGAUAUAUAUAUUUGAUAUUACUGAUUCUUGGAGCAAGUCUGAUGAAUUGAGUAAACAUAAUUGUCAAAUUGAGUAUACUGUUGAGGCUUGUGCCAAUGAUGCAAAUAACAAGGCAUGUGUCGAAUCUAGACAGAUAAGUGUGGUUAUGCCAACUGGCGGUGAUGUCAUCUACGGUGUUGCACACCAGCAUACUGGGGGCGUAGGUUCAGCUCUUUAUGGAGAGGAUGGACGAGUAAUAUGUUCAUCAACACCAACUUACGGACAAGGAACGGAACCUGGAAACGAGGCUGGCUACAUUGUGGGAAUGUCUACAUGUUAUCCAGAGCCAGGCUCAGUUAGGAUUGCAGAUGGGGAAACUUUAUAUUUGGAUUCUAAUUACAGCAGCUCCCAAAGACACACCGGAGUUAUGGGGCUCUUCUACAUCUUGGUUGCAGAGCCAUUACCAAAUUCAAAGUCCUACUUGCAGGCAGCAGUUGAGAUACGCGGGGAAACAGCAAAGAACAGCUUUAUCUGGAUAGGAGUUCUGUUUGGUGUAGGAAUUGCUAUACUUGUUGCUUUCCUAGGUUACAGAAAACUGAGGAGCCCAAGAGAAGAUGAAUACGAACCAAUAAACAUAUAAUCUUGUUUUCCAUAUAAUCUUGUUUUCUCUACCAUGUAAGAUAUUGUAAUGUAAUGCCUGUAAUAAAGAGAAAAGUGCCAGGGAUCAUCUUUUUUAACUAGAUGGAACGAAUGUGGGUGUUGUGGAUCCAGAGUUUUGGAUCCGGAUGCAUAACACAAGAAACUUAUUUUGUUAGUCUUUGUAAUAUACUGUAAUACUGAAUAACAUAUAUACUUUGUUGUUGUA